UGAGGCGGGAGGGGAGGAGCCGCCGGGUCCCGGCUCGAUUUAGAUCCCUCGCUCGACUGGCGGGCGCGCCCAGUGCAGACUGCUGAACUCCAGAGUCAGGGAGACACCCGGGAAGAGGUGGAGGGCCACACCCCGCGGUGCCUGCCGACUGCCUCGAGAGCUCGCGUUGCCUGGCGGACGCCGCUGAGAUGCUGGGCCCCCUGCUCGUGACAGCCGCCCACCUGGUCUGCAUGUGGAGCUCGGCGCUGGCGGCGGCCCCCGGGCCCAGGUUUCUGGUAACAGCCCCUGGGAUCAUCCGGCCGGGAGGAAACGUGACUAUUGGGGUGGAACUUCUGGAACACAGCCCCUCACAGGUCACUGUGAAAGCGGAGCUGGUCAAGAUGGCAGCCAACCUCACCGUCUCUGUCCUGGAAGCAGAAGGAGUCUUUGAAAAAGGCUCUUUCAAGACACUUAUUCUUCCAUCACUACCUCUGAAUAGUGCUGAUGAGAUGUAUGAGCUCCGUGUCACUGGACAUGCUCAGAACGAGGUUUUAUUCUCCAAUAGUACGCGCUUAUCCUUUGAGACCAAGAGGACAACUGUCUUCAUUCAAACAGACAAGCCCCUGUAUAAACCAAAGCAAGAAGUGAAGUUUCGGAUCAUUACCCUCUUCUCAGAUUUUAAGCCUUACAAAACCUCUUUAAACAUUCUAAUUAAGGACCCUAAGUCCAAUUUGAUCCAGCAGUGGUUGUCAGAACAAAGUGAUCUUGGAGUCGUUUCCAAAACUUUCCAGUUAUCUUCCCAUCCAAUACUUGGUGACUGGUCCAUCCAAGUUCAAGUGAACGACCAGACAUAUUAUCAGUCGUUUCAGGUUUCAGAAUAUGUAUUACCAAAAUUUGAAGUUGCAUUGCAGACACCAUUAUAUUGUUCUUUAAACUCUAAGAGUUUAAAUGGCACCGUCACAGCUAAGUAUACAUAUGGGAAGCCAGUGAAAGGAGAUGUAACACUUACAUUUUUACCUUUAUCCUUUUGGGGUGUGAAGAAAAAUAUUACAAAAACAUUUAAGAUAAAUGGAUCUGCAAACUUCUCCUUUAACGAUGAAGAGAUGAAGAAGGUAAUGGAUUUUUCAGAUAGGCCUUCUGAACACAUGUACCUGUCUUCCCCUGGGCCAGUAGAAAUCUUAGCGACAGUGACAGAAUCUCUUACAGGUAUCUCUCGGAAUGCAAGCUCCAAUGUGUUUUUCAAGCAACAUAAUUAUAUCAUUGAAUUUUUUGAUUAUGCCACUGUCUUAAAGCCAUCUCUCAACUUCACAGCCACAGUGAAGGUGACCCGCUCUGAUGGCAGUCAACUGACUCCCGAAGAAAGAAGAAAUAAUGUUGUUAUAACGGUGACCCAGAAAAACUAUACCAAGUCCUGGAGCAGAUGGGACAGUAUGGAUCAAGAGGCAGGGCCUAUCCAGGUCAUAAAUCAUACUGUCCCCCACAAUGGAGUCUUCAAGAUUGAAUUCCCAAUCCUGGCUGAUUCCAGUGAGCUGCAAUUGAAGGCCUUUUUUCUUGAUAGUGUGAGUAGCAUGGCAGUUCAUGGUAUGUUUAAGUCUCCCAGUAAAACAUACAUCCAGCUGAAAACAAGAGAUGAAAAUAUAAAGGUGGGAUUACCUUUUGAGUUGGUGGUUAUUGGCAACAAGCAGUUGAAGGAGUUAAGCUAUAUGGUGGUGUCCAGGGGGCAGUUGGUGGCUGUAGGCAAGCAAAAUUCAUCAACCUUCUCCUUAACACCAGAAAAUUCUUGGGCUCCAAAAGCUUGUAUCAUUGUGUAUUAUAUUGAAGAUGAUGGAGAAAUUAUAAAUGAUGUUCUAAAAAUUCCUGUUCAGCUUGUUUUUAAAAAUAAGAUACAGCUGUUUUGGAGUAAAGCUAAUGCUGAACCAUCUGAGAAAGUCUCUCUUAGGGUCUCUGUGACACAGCCAGACUCAGUAGUUGGGAUUGUAGCUGUCGACAAAAGUCUGAAUCUGAUGAACAUCUCAAAUGAUAUUACAAUGGAAAAUGUGGUCCAUGAAUUGGAACUUUAUAACACAGGAUAUUAUUUAGGCAUGUUCAUGAAUUCUUUUGCAGUCUUUCAGGAGUGUGGCCUCUGGGUAUUGACAGAUGCAAACCUCGUGAAGGAUUUCAUUGAUGGUGUUUAUGACAGUGUCGAGUGGGCCGAGAGGUUUGUGGAGGAAAAUGAAGGUCACUUGGUAGAUUUUCAUGACUUUUCCUUGGGUAGCAGUCCUCGUGUCAGGAAACAUUUUCCAGAGACUUGGAUUUGGCUGGACACCAAAAUGAGUUCCAGGAUUUACCAAGAAUUUGAAGUUACUGUACCUGAUUCUAUCACUUCUUGGGUUGCAACUGCUUUUGUGAUCUCUGAGGAUCUAGGUUUUGGACUAACACCUGCUCCAGUGGAGCUCCAAGCCUUCCAGCCAUUUUUCAUUUUUUUGAAUCUUCCCUACUCUGUGAUCAGAGGAGAAGAAUUUGCUUUGGAAGUGACCAUAUUCAAUUAUUUGAAAGAUGCCACCGAGGUUAAGAUCAUCGUUGAGAAAAGUGAUGAAUUUGAUAUUCUCAUGGCUUCGAAUGAAAUAAAUGCCACAGGACACCAGCAGACCGUCCUGGUUCCCAGUGCAGAUGGCGCAACUGUGCUUUUCCCGGUCAGGCCGACAAGUCUGGGGGAAGUUCUCAUCACAGUCACAGCGAUUUCACCUGCUGCCUCAGACGCUCUCACCCAGAGGAUUUUAGUGAAGGCUGAAGGAAUCGAAAAGUCGUAUUCACAAUCCAUCUUACUAGACUUGACUGACCGAAAGCUGCAAACUACCCAGAAAACUUUGAGUUUCUCCUUUCCUCCUGAUACAGUGAGUGGAAGUGAGAGAGUCCAGGUCACUGCAAUUGGAGAUAUUCUUGGUUCUUCCAUCAAUGGCUUAGCCUCACUGAUUCGAAUGCCUUAUGGCUGUGGUGAACAGAACAUGAUAAAUUUUGCUCCAAAUAUUUAUGUUUUGGACUACCUGACUAAAAAGAAACAACUGACAGAGAAUUUAAAGGAAAAAGCCCUCUCUUUUAUGAGGCAAGGCUACCAGAGAGAACUCCUCUAUCAGAGGGAGGAUGGCUCUUUCAGUGCUUUUGGAAAUGAUGACCCUUCUGGGAGCACUUGGUUGUCAGCUUUUGUUUUAAGAUGUUUCCUUGAAGCUGAUCCCUACAUAGAUAUUGAUCAGAAUGUGUUACACAGAACUUAUACUUGGCUCAAAGGACAUCAGAAAUCCAAUGGUGAAUUUUGGGAGCCAGGAAGAGUGAUCCAUAGCGAGCUUCAAGGUGGCAAUCAAAGUCCCAUAACCCUUACGGCUUAUAUUGUGACUUCUCUCCUGGGAUAUAAAAAGUAUCAGCCCAAUAUUGAUGUGCAGGAGUCUAUCAACUUUUUGGAGUCUGAAUUUGACAAAGGAAUUUCAGACAAUUACACCCUGGCUCUUGUAACAUAUGCACUGUCAUCCGUGAGGAGCUCCAAAGCGAAAGAAGCUUUGAAUGUGCUAACUUCAGGAGCGGAACAAGAAGGGGGCAUGCAGUUCUGGGUGUCGGCAGUGUCCAGACUUUCUGAAUCCUGGCAGCCCAGCUCCCUGGAUAUUGAAGUGGCCGCCUACACGCUGCUCGCACAUUUCCUGCAGAAUCAGGUUUCUGAAGGAAUCCCAAUUAUGAGGUGGCUGAGCAGGCAGAGAAAUAGCUUGGGAGGCUUUGCAUCUACUCAGGACACUGUUGUGGCCUUGAAGGCCCUGUCUGAGUUUGCAGCCCUGAUGAACACAGAAAAGACGGAUAUCCAAGUGACAGUGGUCGGGCCCCGCUCAUCCAGCCCCGUUAAGUUUCUGAUUAACACAGAGAAUCGCUUCCUCCUCCAGACGGCAGAGCUUGCUGUGGAAGAACCAACUGCAGUUAAUAUUUCCGCAAGUGGUUUUGGAUUUGCUAUUUGUCAGCUUAAUGUUAUUUAUAAUGUGAAAGAUUCUAGAUCUUCUAGAAUCCGAAAAUCUAUUCAAGAUCAAGAAGCCUUUGAUUUAGACAUUGCUGUUAAAGAUAAUAAUGAUGAUGUCAAUCACUUGAAUUUGAGUGUCUGUACAAGGUUUCUGGGCCCAGCUAGAAGCGGAAUGGCCCUCAUGGAAGUUAACCUCCUCAGCGGUUUUACAGUGCCCUCAGACAGCCUUCCCCUGAGCGAGACGUUGAAGAAAGUGGAGUAUGACCUUGGAAAACUCAACCUUUACUUAGACUCUGUAAAUGAAACCCAGUUUUGUGUUGAUAUUCCUGCUGUGAGAAACUUUAGAGUGUCAAAUACACAAGAUGCUUCAGUGUCCAUAGUGGAUUACUAUGAGCCAAGGAGGAGAGCGGUGAGAAGCUACAACUCCAGAGCGAAGCUGUCCUCCUGCGACCUUUGUGGGGACAUGAAUGCCUGCGGGGGCUGUGACCGCACAGUCUCAGCCUCCCCGCCUCACCUGGCCAUCAGCCUCCUUUGCUGCUUCAUACUUCUGUUCUCUUUGCCAUUUUGGCUGGGAUUUGCUUUCUAAGGACUCCAUGUAACGUGUUCCUUUCCAGAAAUCACGUGGGAUUGUCUUUUUUCCUAAUCAAAUAUUGCUUCUAUUUUGAAAAUUAGUGCUUUUCUUUGUGUGGGGUUAUUGGUGAUGCUGGGGAGGGGUGGUCGUUUGUAUAGCUGCUUAGAUUUCUUCUUCCCCUGACUUCUAUAUGGAACAGAAAUCAGAAUUAUUACAGCUAUAUAUUUCAUUAUUUCCCCCUCCUAAAAUCUUUUAGGAUUUUUUUGGUAGGUGUUUUCUCCAGAAUAAAUAAUGUUAUUUUAGAAGAUUCUUUUUGUUUUCUAAAGGAAAUGAGCCUAGGCUCUUAAGCACUGCUAUUCAUCAGUGUCUGCUUUCCUGUCAUAGCUGGGGUUCUCCCUGGGAAAUGGGAGGAAACAUCUGAGGGAGGAGCUCAGCCUGAAUCUUUUGCAUCCAGCUGCACCCACCUCAUGACCACUGUGGUUUCAGGACCUCCUUCUUGCUUUAGGAUGGAGGUGGUGAUUUUUUUUGAAGGGAAAUGGUGUUGUUACACUGCAAAUGUGGUCACACAUCUCAGCCCUUACCCUUCCUCUCUUUUCUCUCUGGAGGGAAGCAGAGGGAGGCUGGGAAGUGCUUGGAGGGGCUGGGGACCCUCCUGUGCAUCCCCACAUGCAGCUCUGUUUAGGCUGAGGGCCAGAGAGCAUUGCAACAUGUGUCUUAUGUAGCUUGGAAGAGAAGAUCCUAGACUGGCAGUCACAUGCUAGUUGUGGAGACGCUAAGCCAGGGGUGGACCAAAUCCUGUUGCUGAGCGACAGACUGACCUCCUCCGUGGUCUGGGAGAGAAGCUGGGGUUUGAUGGGGAUCAGAGACAUAGAAAGAAGUCUGUGGCUGUGGCCAGGGUUCUGUGGAACCUUCUAGGCUCUGAGGUCUGAGUUUCAGACCAGGGGCGUCUAGUGCUUGCUCUGAAUCUUACAGAAAAUGCUUGAAAUUUGAGCACCUGGGUCCUUGGUUGCUCUGUAUUCAGAAGGUUAAUAUUCAUUUAUCUGGGUGAAAUUUUAAAGAAAGAUUCCUUUCUUCCCCCUUCCAUGUUUUUCCUCUUCUCUCUCUUCCCUU